AUGAAAAGCAAAAAGUUUGUGAUUCUGUUUUUGUCAAUUGUUUGUGAAUCAUUAUCAAAGCCAACAGAACAUGACGAUCGAAUGAUGCUUCGAAAACGAAUGGAUCUUUCUGACGCUGGUGCUUCAUAUGUUUAUCGUAGUGAUAACAAUGGUCCAAUUCAAGUGUAUUAUUUAUCAGCGGGAGAUUUGGGACAAACGUUCAAUCAUCAAGCUUUGCCAUUAAUUUCUUACGAGCCUUUAACUGCAACUCCCUAUCAUUAUCAAAAGCCAUUCACUGCUUUUCAAGCAUCUCCCGCACCAAUAGCUGAGUAUCAUCAUGUUCAUUCUGAACAACCCACUUACGAAACAGGUUUCAAACCUAUAAUUCCAUACAAUACAAAUAACUUUGUGCCGAUACCUCCACCCAUCUUAAGAAGUUCUCCAGUUGAAAAGUCAUUGCCUGUUAUUAAAGUCAAACCUAUAAUAGAAGAAAUAAAAGAAGAAGAAAGUAAUGAUGAUGAUAGCGACGAUGAAAUAGAUCAAGAUGAAAUUGUUCAAGAUGAAGCACAACCAAAAAUUGAUUCAUUAUCGCAUGAAGAUUCUUUUUCACAUAGUGGAGAAGACAUUUCUCGUUCAUUUGACUCUCAUGAUAAUGAUGAUCAUUUAUCUGAAAGUGCACAAUCUCAUGAAGACAAAUAUAAGAAGAAUCAUGGAAAGAAGAGUAAGGAAGGUUACAGUAAAGAAGAAAAUUUCAAAAAGGGCAAGAAAGGAUCUUAUCAUAAAGAUCAUAAGGAAGGAGACGAAAGUGAAGAAGGUGAAUCUGAAAAGUCGCAUUAUGACGAAGCUGACAAGCAUCAAGAAUAUUCUUCGAAAGAUAAAAAGGAGAAAGGUGGUCAGUAUAAGAAACAAAAACAUCAUAAGAAAGGUUCCCAAUCUAAAGGCUAUCACAAUGUGUUCAUGAAAGAUGAAUACAAAAAAGAUCACACAUUUUACGAUACGGCCGAUCACCAUGGCCACUAUUCAAAACAUGGAGCUAAUCAUAAAGAACAUGAGUCCGACGAUGGUCAUAAAGAAAAAGGUUCACAUUAUGAUUCAAAAUUCAAAGAGGGACAUAACUCUAAAAAAGGUGGUACUGAUGAGGGUCACUACGAAAAAGAAGACGAAGGACAUAAGAAGAAAUCUGGCCAUUCUGAAAAACAUUCGGAUCAUGAAAAAUAUGCUAAGGAAGGUUCUAAGGAUAAGAAGAAUCAUCACGGAUAUAAACAUGAAUAA